AUGGCUCGGGAGAUUGAAGAUUUUUUACUGGAUAAGUUGAGGAAGGGGCUUCAGCCUAAAGACGGAAAGCGAUCGAGAAUAGCCUUCUCGGGUCAGCUAGAGGAGUUGAGGACUCUGAUUGAGGAAAAGCUGAAGUCGUCCACACAGGAUGAGAAAUCUAUCAGGGACAAUCUUUACUCCCUCAACAAUGUCCUGACUGAGUGCCAGUCACUAUCCAAGAAGCAAAUCAUUGCCAACAUUCAGAUUAGGAGGAGUCUGAAUAAGAUCAAGGAGGAUCUGCAGGGGAUUCCUGACCCGAACACAGGUGGGAGUAACAACACUCCACAGGGUAACACCGAAGAAAGCUCAUCGAAUGGCAAAGGUAGCUUCCUUCAAGUUUCGGGUUGGUCGCAACAUCUGCAGAAGUUCAAAGGAUUCGAGGUCGAAAUUGAGUUGCUGGAAUCUUUAGUCCAGAAAAAAAGUGCUGAGCAAUUCAAGGCGAUUGCCAUAGUUGGGAGGGGCGGGAUUGGUUUGCUUCAUCAGCAACUUUGGGGGAAGAAAUAUCUUAUUGUUCUGGAUAAUGCUCGUGAGGACGAGGAGUGGUACCAUGAAUUGGGUUCCCACUUGGUCCAUGGCGAUAAAUGGGAAGACCGCCUUGCCUAUGGAUUCCCAAAAGGGUAUGGAGGCACAGUCAUCAUCACAACCAGGAACGCGGAAUUGGCUGUGAGAAUGGUUGGCGAGGAGAAUCUGCAUAGGAUCAUGCCACUUUCAGACGAUAAAGUUUGCUGGUCAAUAUUUCGAGAUUCAGCUAAGGAAGGUCACGGUCGAAAUGAUCCCCCACAUGAUGAAAAACUGAAAGAAGAGGUCUACAGAAGAUGUGCCGGCAUUCCAUUAGCUGCCAAAGUCAUGGGUCAGAUUAUGAAAAAACAACUUCAGGAGGGAUCUGCAGAAAUUGCGAUUUCUGCAGGAAUAGUGUAG